UGGGGAGGUCAUCGGAAAUAUUCCUUCGACAGGACAAUUUUUGGUAGAAAUGUCUUUAUUUGCAAAGGUGGUAGACGGAAUAAUAUGAUAGACAGUAGAGACGGAGGAAACCAAAACCUGCAGGACCACCGGAUUUUCUUCAUUUUGGCCAGGUUUUCGGUUUAAAGAGGCUGUUCGGAUAAAAGGGGAAAAAAAAUCAGGAAUUUUAUUUUAUUUUCCUUUUUUUCAGUUUACUGUUUUUGGAUUACACAUGUUCAGUUUAAGCUGACUGUUUUGUAACAGCCCUGCACUUCAAGUGAAAUUAACUGAAGUCAAAGAACAUUCAGCGGAGAUAACUCAAGAACAAUCAGCAGCACCAAAGGCCAGAGAACAUUUACAACGACAGUACUCAAAAACAUCGAGAGAUGUCAACAACACCCCAACAACAACUGUUGCUCAGUUUGUGUCACGUGAUUUCGUCAUGACGGCCAACGGUGUGGCGUCCACUUGGCCGCUGCUGUUGUUGCUGUUGUUGUCGCUGUCGCUGCUGCUGUUCCCAUUUUUCUAUGUCGUUGUUGGUGAAUUCACCGAAACAAGCGGGGACGCAGCAAAUUGCACUUGUUCAUUGUCCAUGAGCAGAGAGCUUGUAAAAACUGACAAGAGACUGAGGUUGGAGUUUGACAGAAAACUGCGUCACGUGGAAGAUAGGCUACUGAAAAGACUCGGAAAGGCGUCACUGAACCAAAUAGGAGAACAAGGAGUAAUAAGGGACAAUGGCGCAAGUACGGACUCACAAAGACAGCACCAGGCAAGCGUGGAGAGGAAAAGUAAAGUGCAGAUGCCCAGAGUUCAACAUAAUAGAAACCGUCAAGGGAGAGUACGACUAAAGCCACGGAGAAGCAAAAGGGACACAAUUCAUGCUCUUAGUAGACGUGCUGCGCAUGUGGAAAAUGCCAAAACCGUAUCCGACGCCCUGAUCAAGCUUCAAGAAUACCUCAACUUACUUGAUCAAGAAGAACGCAGACAACGUGGAGAAAAAGCUGAUUCUCAGUUGGAAUCGAAACCAUGCCAGAGGUCGAUUGCAAGUCGGAAAUCACCUAGCAGGGAGAAGACAAAACUAUUGAGAAAAUGCCUCACUCGAACGAGAGGAGGUUCUCUUUCGUCAAGUAAUGACGUCACUUACCAAGCUCCUGAGAAAGAAACACGAGUAAGUAAUGCCUCAGACAGGAGCAUCGCAGGAAAUAACAAAGAGCGUCAGAAACCUUUUAGUGACAGAGACCCUAACACGACGGGUAGCAAUAAUGACAUUGCAGAUACGACGCUUUCAGUCGAUCUGAGAUCCACGUCUGAGCCAACUAGUCGUCGAAGCUUACUCUCUGACAAGUCUAAACCUCACGCAAGCAGUACGUGUGGCGAGAAAUUCCAAGCAGGAUGUCAAGUACCUAGGAGUAAAAAAUUCUCCAAAGAGGCUGACAUCGCUACGCCUUCCAUUGGUGAGACAGACGAACUUGCGAAAAGCUCAAGACAGUCGAGGAGACUGGGAGUUUUCUCCACUAUUCCAUCACCAGCAAACAUAGAGUUCAGUCAGCAAAGUAAUAAACCAAUGACGUUGGGGCAUGGCAGUAGCGGAAUGUACCCAGAAAGCCAAGGUCAAAUCCAGAAAGUGUUUGCAUCGGAUGGCGGACGAAUCUCACACGUUUUCAAUUUUUAUAAUGUGAAAGAGGCAAAAGUUGACUAUAGGAGAGGCGACAACGUCAUGAAGGAUGGGAGAAUUCACAAUAUCCUCGGUAAAACUGUAGAUGUUUUGGAAUCAAUAUUCAAAUCUAAAGUAAACCCUGAACCUAAAGAUCGUUUAUCAGAAGCUGAGAGGCCCAACUUGGCAGAUGAAACAAUAAAACUUGAAAGACCGCUGGGCUCAACAACAUCAAUACGUGGCUAUAUUUUUGCAGACCAUCAAUCGCCUCCAACAACUAAUGGUAAACUGUACAAGCUACGAACAGAGAAAGGCGAAGGAUCUUUCACUGGUUCCCAAAUUAGAUCUUCAGAAACACCAGUCACGUUAGAUAGCUAUGAAUCUUCGACUGUAGGUUUUGUUAGAAUGUCCACAGAUUUUAGUGGACUGUCCAGUCUUGACCCAAGCCAAAAAUCUUCAGCUGGAUACAGAACACCAUCAAGACUGAAUGCUGAUAACAAAUAUCAGCAAGCAAGCACAUACAGCUUUAGAACUGAAGAAGAUCAUGUAGACGUUUUGGUUCCGCCAUUGACCACCACGGUCCCACUUAAAGAAAUUGACUCCUCAACAGAAACACUUCGUCAUCAGAUAACAACUUUUGGCUUUAAUACGAAGGGGCUGGACCAGGACGUAAGCGACAGCACGAGGGGAGUAGAUGAGAUUGUACCUACUAAGAUGGUAUAUUCUCCACUGAACCAAAACGUUGAUGGAGCUGGAAAAAAGCCCAAAUAUGUAGAAAAAGAGAGUGCUAAACCUCGAUAUCUCUUAUCCGAGUUUGGCGCUCACGGAACAUUGGCGGACGAUGGUGCAGACUGGGACUAUGAUACACAUUUGGACUACGAUUUUCCAGAUCAGGGAGAAAACUUUGGGCAAGAAGUUUUACACAAACUAGACACGAUAAUUGACAUCUUAAACGGGUCUGUUCAGAAAAGAAUGCUCCCUUUCGCAACGCAGCUGCAUGCUGGUAAUAGUUUUAAUCAUAGUCAACCAACACAGAUGAACUCGGAAGAUAAAAACCAAGGAAAUGCCUUCCCAAGUCUUAAGAUGUCUCUUGGGACAAGAAAAGCUUCAUCUCUUUCAGAAACAGAAAGGGUAUCGACUGCUAGACACAUAUUGCCAGGUUAUAAUGCUCAAAAUAAAGAACACCCACGUCCCACUGAUCAGCCAAGAGCUGAUUUGAAACACGUAAGUAGAGAUCCCAAGGAUGUCUUUGAAGAAAAAUAUUCUGAGAAACAAAGUGUGCCCAGUCUAAGGAGAUUUUUGGUCACCGACGACAUCGAAACUAACCGCAAAACAUUGCUUGCUGAGAACGAAUUGUCAAGGGGUGACGCCGGGUUGCCAUAUAUAAAUAUCUCACCCAAUGAAGAGAGCGUUCCAGAUCCAGCCAUGAACUGGUAUUUCUCAGGGGAAGAAGAUGACACCAAAAACGCUCAAAGUACAAAUACUUCUGGCCUUUUGAAUCGUUACGACAUGUUACAAAAGACUUCGCACAUGCUGGAUGUUUUAAGCAAACGACUUUCUCAAUGUUCUGCUGAUAUGCUAAACGUCGAUACAAAUGUUAACGCGACACAGAAGAACAUGGGUAUGCACUCUUCUUGUACUGAUGUUUUCCAUGUUAUGAAAGAAAUGGGAGACAAAUUAUCAAAUACCAUCUCUAAUAAAAGCUCCGGAUUUUCUUUCGACACGUCCCUCGGAAAGGACAAGGAAAAAGAUAAUAGCCCACACGAAAAAGGAUCAGAAGCAGAUACCCCUCAAAUAGAUACUGGCCGUGCCAUAAAACAAAUUGAAAAAAAAAUUGAUCUUUUAAACCAAGAGGUCUCCCAAGUUGUUGCUGACGUUUUGGAAGUCAAAGAAAAAUUCAAUAGUACGACACAAAAAGAUGCAAUAAAAAAAUCUGACAUUAAGGAGAUUUUGAAAGACUUAGGAAUACUGGCCGGCCAAAGCAUCCAAAGUUACGCCGACAGCUCUGAAGGCAAAAAAUGGCAGAACUGGGAGUCAGAGGAAGUCAACGUGGAGCAAAAAGGCACGGACUUAUCGAAUAAAGCGAUUCUAACCGAUAUUUUGAACAGGUUGGAUAGGCUGGAGGAGAACGAUGACCCUCUGUCAACAACAAAGGCACGUGUUAAAAGUUUCAGUAUGUCCACGGGGGGGGGGUCGACUUGCGGAGUGUACGAUGUAAUAAAGGAAUGUGUUUUGAUUAACCCUAUCCGUACGCCCAGGGGUCACUUUUUACCCCCGGGGCUGUUUUCUUCACAUUUUAGAAUACUUCUAAUACGAAGAUCUCUUUAAAACUGUCAGUAU